AUAAAGUCAACCUUUUUUCGCGUCCUGUCCAUUACUCACGUCCCUCAUCAACACACUCACUCAUUCACUCAUCAAACUUCAUUUCAACUAACCGCCGGCCGGUCCUUUCAUUCUACAUCCCACUUCUCGUCAACAACCAGCCAGGUUGUCCCAAUACCCAUUACUACCUCUACCACCACCAACCAUCGACCAGUCAAAUCUUCCAAACCGCCAAAAUGAAAUUCACCAUCCUCACCUCCCUCUUCUUCACGGCUCUCUCCGUCAACGCCGCCGUCAUCGAGUCCGACACCUCGGUUCUCCGCCGCGACAUCUUUGCCCGCCAGAACGCCGGCCGCCCCGUCCCCAACGGCGGCUGCUGCGUCGCCAACACCAGCUUGAAGCAGGAUGUUUGCAAGGUCAAUGGCCAGUCGGGCAGAUGUGUGCCUGCAGGUGUUAACAACUGCGGCGAGCGAUUGACGUGCAUUGAGGACUCGAGGUUGACCUGCAACGCCAAGGUGUUGGAGAGGGGAAGGCCUCUGUGCAGACUUCGCCAGGGUGCGUAAGGGGUUGAACUUCGAGGAUAAUUGAUGGGUAUGAUUCAUUCCUGGAAGGACUGGCAGUGGGAAAAGAAUUGAGUUGGGAUAGCUAUCAUCACUGAGUCGCUCACAUGGACUCGUGAAAACAAAAAAGAAGUGGGAUUUUUUUUAACCUCAAUUUGGUUUUCUUACUGUGGUGUAUAACGCUUCCCAGGACCAUCACUAGGAC